AUGGAAUUCCGAGCUCUCCACGUGAUUAUAGCUUGUACCGUAUUUUUUACGAACAAAUCAAUUCAGGUAAACGCCGAAAACGAUCAACGAGCUCCCGUCGUGAAGACCGAGUCUGGUGCUGUUGUUGGGAAAAUUGAAACCGUUCCACACAGCAAAGCAGUGUACCAGUAUCUUGGUAUUCCGUAUGCUGAACCUCCGGUCGGCGAACUGAGGUUUGCUGCUCCAAAACCGGCAAAACCUUGGUCAAAGAUAAUGGAUGCUACAGAAUUCGGUGCAAUAUGCCAACAGAACAGACUAUUAUUGGAUAUUUUAAAAGUGGUAGGAGGUUUUAACGACUAUCUAAAAACAGGUAUUUUUAUGGUCUUAAGUUAACCCGUUGCUAUCUUUUAAUAUUCUCUAUUGAUUCUCCAUUUUCCUCUAUCGAGCAAGCUGUUCAUGGUCAAUCAAGUGUGACAGCAUGAUUUAUUGAAGUAGAUCACGUCGAGUUGUCAAACACGAUUCCAUGUUUUAAAAGGCGCUGUAACACGGGCAACAAAAAACGAGCAACUUGCGUUGUGAAAUUGCUGCAAAACGAGUUGAAAGGGAUGUUGUGCGUUUUACCACCGAAGUUCAAACCUGUCUCGCAACAAAUAAAGGGAGUUUGACUAAUGGUAGCGGAUCGCGGGUCGCGAGUCCAGUGUCGUGGUCGCGGGUCGAAAGUCGCAGUCGCGGGUCCAAUGUCGCGGUCGCGGGUCCAAUGUCGCGGCGGGGGAAAUGAUUUGGGGUUCGAGGUAACUGAGUGAAAACGACUGAUAUGAAAACAAUAUAAAGGGAAAAAAAUCUAAUUUAUACACGAUACUCUAAGGUAGCCAAUUUACAGGUUACGGAUGUUAGAGUCAACAAAAGAAUGUCUAAUGAAAAGACCUUACCAUAAGUUACCAUUGUUUUCUUCUUGUCUAUGAAUUGCCCACAAAUGCUUAGGGGUUCAUUUACUAAACAAUAUGCGAUACACUUCACAGACUACAAAUUAUAAACGUUACAACAACUUUACACAUAACUGGGCCCCAUAGAAAGAAAACAAAAUUAACUUGCAGUGAACACAAAAGUCGACCAGCUUCUUCUUUUAGGUCUUUUCUUGAGACAUUAUUUUGUUGACUCUAACAUUUGUAACCUGUAAAUUGGCUACCGUAGAGUAUCGUUUAUAAGAACGAUUUUUUCCCUUUAUAUUUUUUUUCAUAUCAGUCGUUUUUACCUCGAACAAUAAAGCUGUCACUUGACUACUUUCCAUUCGACUUACAUGUAAAAUUGUCAAAAUGCACUCGACAUUUCUUUAGCCACUUUUUUCAUCGAGGAAGAACAAUUUUGUUUAGUUACCAUUCAGUAAAACAGUGGCUUGUAAUGGUGACCUGUGGAAUGAGACCGCAGAAGGAAAGCUCUCCACUUUCUACUGAAAAGCUUUGUCAUGCGUUCAGCCCUAAGAACAUCUACCUAUGGGGCCAAAGCGAAGCCCGGGGAACCUACUUAGUGUGAUAAUGCCCCACGGACCCAUAGCCACAAAAGUCAUAGCCUUCUAGAUCCCACAAAAAGAGAACCUUGGGAGGCUAUACAGACAAGUGUUCAACCACUUAAGUAAUGUUCUUUCUAACUGAAAUCAUUUAGCAAAGAUGAGUGAAGAUUGCCUUUCUCUCAACGUGUUUGUGCCUUCAAAUAUCAAACCCUCCGAGAAGAUAGCGGUCAUGGUGUGGAUUCAUGGCGGUGGAUUCGUAGCAGGAAGUUCCGGCUUUACCCCUGGUGCGGUCCUGGCUUCCUUUAACGAUGUCAUUGUUGUAUCCAUUAACUACCGUCUAGGAGUGUUUGGCUUCUUCAAUGUUCCAGGGACUGACUUAANUAAUGUUCUUUCUAACUGAAAUCAUUUAGCAAAGAUGAGUGAAGAUUGCCUUUCUCUCAACGUGUUUGUGCCUUCAAAUAUCAAACCCUCCGAGAAGAUAGCGGUCAUGGUGUGGAUUCAUGGCGGUGGAUUCGUAGCAGGAAGUUCCGGCUUUACCCCUGGUGCGGUCCUGGCUUCCUUUAACGAUGUCAUUGUUGUAUCCAUUAACUACCGUCUAGGAGUGUUUGGCUUCUUCAAUGUUCCAGGGACUGACUUAAAAGGAAAUUAUGGAAUGCUGGACCAGGUAAACAGUUUCAUCGGUUAUAUUUGUGUAAGGCAAUCAGAUGAAGAGAAAGUGGUCCAGUGUGCGCCCGACUUUCUAAAUUCGCAGUCCUCUAUUUUAAUUCUUCCUGGUAAGCACGUUUAUUUAUUUUUUUAUUAUUUUUAUUUAUUUAUUUUUUUUCAAUUUAAAACCAACAGGUGUUGGCAUUCAAGUGGGUUAAGAAUAACAUUGCCAGUUUUGGCGGAGACCCUAACAGAGUGACCAUAUUUGGCGAGAGCGCUGGAGGAAUGAGUGUUUCUCUUCAUUUACUCUCGCCACUGUCCAAAGGUUUGUUUGAAAGGGCCAUCCUGCAGAGUGGCGCUUCCUCGACUCCUCUUUUCUGUGGAAAAGUUUCCAACACAGCACAGUUGGAAUUAUUUGCUAAGUACAUAAAAUGUGAUUUGGGGCAAGACUUUGUUCAAUGCGUUCGUGGCAAGUCCGUUGAGGACAUUUUAACGACGCAGAAGUUAUUCACUUUGGAUAACUUUGACAGGCGUCGGACACAGGAUUUUGUAGCUCCUGUAGUAGAUGGAAAAUUUUUACCAGAUCUCCCUGAAACUCUUUUUAGAGCAGGUGAAUUCCAAAAAGGCAUCGAUGUCAUAACCGGAUUAACCUCAAAUGAAGGAGGUGUGUUUGCAAUGAUACGGCCACCAAGCCAGUUUAAGGAUGGUUUGGAAAAAGAUGUGUUUGAACAUAUCGUGAGAAGUCAGACACUAUAUCAUCGAGAAAAGAGCGAAAUCAUGGAAGAUCUUAUAUUGUUCCAGUAUACCAACCAUACAAUUCCUCAGGAUAAAAAUGCCAUUCGACAAUCGAUGUUGGAAAUUUGGGGCGAUUCAGCCUUUGACGCGCCUGCCAUGUUGGAGGCUCAAUCACUGGCAAAGGUAAGAUUUGCAUUACCUAGCGCGCAUAUGUAAACAUCUUCUGGAGUCAGGAUCACCUAACAUCUCCCGGUUGGUCGUUACAAAUGCACGGCUCAAUCUAUAAAAACGCCUUAACGGAACAGAUAUAUAGUAAGAAUGGGAGGGGUUGAGGAAUUCAAUUAUCUCAUUUUAAUCACCAACAUACAUAUUUCACUUUUGUUCGGACAAGAAGGAAAUACAAAUAAAGGUUUAACAAAAAUCAAGACAACCAAGGAAAUGAAUAAAAAUGUGGUUCAGCCAGGAUCAAACCAGGCUGUCCACCAAUGCCCAUCCUCGGCUAGAAAAUUGACAUUACUGUGGUAGGUUCGGAAGUAGGGAACUGGUUUGGGCAAAAACAAACAAACAAGAAGCUCGAAUUUUUCAAAUCUUUGGUGAUCAGGAGUCACCUUUAAACGUCCUUUCCAAAACCGACCGGCUGGAGGCAUUUGUGUAAUGUUCCUUCAGAAAGGGAUGUUAUAUUACUUGUUUCCUUUUCAUUUAACAGAGUGGAGGGUCCACAUACAUGUAUGUGUUCAAUCAUCGCGCAAACUAUUCACGUAUGGCUGAUUGGACUAGCGUUAUUCAUGGUGCGGAAAUCCCAUUUCUGUUUGGAGCACCUUUCAAGAAGAUACCUGAUCCUUGGAGCAACUCCAUUGCAACAAAGUAUUCCGAAACAGAAAAGGGACUAAGUUUGUACGUUAUGGAACUCUGGACAAACUUCGCCAAGCACGGGUAAGGACACCUAAAAAUAAUUCAUCAUCAUUCAGUGAUCUCAAGGUUAGAUUAUAUAGGUACUAUCAAGGUGCGUCAAGGACAUUGAUGAUCAUGAUUUAGAGUAAGGCCCAUAUCAGCUGAAUGUAUACGCCGUAGUCUUUUUUAUCAUAAUACGCUGCAGAAUGUCCCCUUCAACAUUCAUUCAACAUUUGUUACAAAUCUUUCCUGACGAUACAUGUAUCAUCCUAAUCAUCUACUAUAAUCAUCCUUUUAGGCCUUUAAGUUCUUCGUAUUAAGGCACUUUCAUUCUCUCCUUUCAUUGCCUCCCUUAUAACGAAAACAAUACGCGUAUAAACCGGUUAAUAACUCCACCCAAUUACGGUCAAUAUAACAUUCACGGAACCCCAUAGACUAAGUUCCGCGAUGUUUGAACACACUUGCCUUUUUAAUGUCUCUCUUUAGGUCUCCAAAUCCACCUGACGUUGGCCCUACAGCCAUCACGUGGCCUGUAUUUACAGAAGAAGAACAGAAGUAUCUAGUUCUCGACAUGAAACCGAGGGUGGAGCGUAGGUACAAGGCAAAAAAGAUGGCAUUUUGGAAUCAAAUGAUUCCAAAACUGGCAAAGAUCGUGACAGAUGAGAGAAAAGACGCAAAUGAAAAGGUUCCGAAGGAUGAACUAUGA